AUGGAAGUCAGAAUCGUUUCCAGAGAGCUACUGAAGCCAUCUUCCCCUGAAACCAUACAAACAAAACCUCCACACAGUUUCUGCCUCUUCGACCAGCUCACUCCCUUGACCUUCUGCCCAAUCAUUCUCUUCUACGCGAAUCCUGACCACAGCAACCCCAAUCUCGAUCCCUUCAUCCGCCGCCUGAAGCGCUCCCUAGCGGAGACUCUCACCAUUUACUACCCUUUCUCCGGCAGGACCGGCCCACGCAACUUGGCCAUCGACAGCUUCGACGCCGGCAUCCCUUUCACUCUUACCCAAGUGGUCGAUUGCCGCCUCUCCCAGUUCCUGAAACGCAAGGAAACAGAGCUCCUCAACCUUCUCCUCUCUCGACAGCCGUUUCAGAAGGAACGUUCUGAUGUGGACGCCCCUGUUUUGGAGCUUCAGGUCUCUGUUUUCUCCUGCGGCGGAAUCGCCUUCGGCUGGUCUCUUUCUCAUAAGUUGAUCGACCAAUCCACCAUUACAUCCUUCCUCUCUACAUUCAGUGCCCUACUCCGGGGCCAACCGAACGAUGUCGUUUCCCCUGAUUUCGCCCAGGCCUCCACUCUGUUCCCGCCGAGGGACCCUUCCCCUGAAAAUUUCCUCAAUCUGAUGGAAACCCUCUGGUUCACUGGAGAAUUACAUAACCAGGCGAUUCGUGUUUGA